AGUUUGUUGUGAAGGGCACUUUAUGUCAUGUGGAGAGGGAUCCCAUGACCCUUCCUUUUCCAAUGGAGGUUCCUACGAUUUUUUCUCCCAAGCCUGUCUUCUUAACUAAAGAGAGAGCAGUUGGUCCUCCAACGCCUUCAGGAGCGCUGCAUCCAAGAACAACACCACCUUCAUCGCCUCAAUCCUUCUAUCUCCAGCUCCUCCAAACGGUCCCCCAAUUCCAACUGCCGAGAUCGUGAAAAAAGGCGAGACAGGGAACGCUACUUGGGAUGCUACAAUUGCCAGCAUGAGGAGGAAGCCAAGGAGCGUGAGUGUGCGUGGUUGGAGAAAUUCGCAGAUCGAGAUCGUGAGAAGGAGUUGAAGGUCAUUAAAGAAGAGUACAUUGGAUCAAAAUCCUCACAAGGCCCAGCUCAGGGGUUCCUAGCCGAAGUUGUCCGAAGGGAGCAGAGAAAGCUUGUUGCCAAGAAUGUGAGAGAGAUGUAGUCCCUUGCUAAGUUGAUUGUGCUUGAUGGCAUCUCUGAGUUUGAGAGCAUGGAUGUUGCUGUGUAGGUUUAAGUUGAUCCAAAGUUGAAGAAAGUUUAUGAUUAAGGUUCAAUGCAUGUUCCUUUGGGCAGAUCUCUGGUUGAAGUAGAGUGAGGAUUGGGCAGCUUUUGAGGAUGCAGAGGAUUCUGUUAUAGCUAUUCACAGUUGGAGUAGUUUUGUGAAUGCGGAGGUUCUCAAGGUUUAUGAUGCUGGUUCCCAUUGUCUGUCUAUUUUCUGCAACUCAUUGGUACUUUGGAUUCUUGCUGCUUGCAUGCUAAGGUUAAUCUUAUUUAGAUACGAGGGAAGAGCAAAGGUAUGAUAAACCUGUGUUGUUAGUUUAAGAAUGCUAUGAUGUAUUAAAAAAGAAGAAAGAACUUAUCCCUUUUGCUGCUUUUGUCUUGAAGUGUCCAAUUCUUUGUAGCGCAUAUUGCAUAGCUUUUGUCAGGGUAUUUAUGUACACCCAAAGCUUGCUCAUAGCUUCUUCGCUUGUGUAACUUUUGCUUGGAUAUUUAUGUACAUCCAAACUUGCUCGCAGCUUUUGUUUUUUGCUUAGGUAUUUAUGUACACCCAAACUUGCUCAUAGC